ACGAUGACCCUAGUUGAAGAGCUAGCCUAUGCACUGUGUGACCUAUGGAUUAACUCUCUGACUAAAAUAAAUUGUGAAAUCAAUUAUUGUUACCAAUCAACAUAUUUGUCAUUUGAUAGGGUAGGCUAUACUGUUCAUUUGAUAGACAUAUAUUGCUGAAAUAUUGUGAAAUAAAGUCUUGCUUGUGGUGAUCAGUAGUUGAUGAAGUAUUUCCAUCUGUUGCAGUUCAUUUUGUUGUUUUCCAUAUCUUGUCCCUAAUAUCUGCAGAAAUGACAAAGACCGGGAAACCAGAUGCCUACUGGGCAGGUGUGAUGUCCCUGUAUGCCCAGGGAAAGUACAAAUUUACAACUGGCAAGAGGCCGGGGGCCAGGAGGUGGAGGGCAGUAAUGCAGCGGAUUGCUGAUUGUCCUCUGACCCCCCUGAAAGGUCAAACUACUGUCCCCAAACAAGACAUAUUUGGGAAAAGGAUCCCCUGCAAGUGCGGAUACCACCAGACCUCCCAGAUGUUGCUGCUCCUACCACUCCCAUAGCCCAAGAGACGACACCGGCGACACAGCAACACAGUGACCCACCCGAUGUUCCUGCCCCUGUUCCUGCUCCUCCCACAACCCAUGAGACGUCACCGGCACCACCACAACACCCACUCACUCUGCAGCCUCCUGAGGUAAACUGGGUGAGUUUUUUACCAAAGCAGUUCACCAGAGUCAUCCAGCCAGCUGACCAGGAGUGGAUCGCCCACAUUUUAUACGACAGUACUGGACAGCUGAAACAAAACCUGUCUCAGAACUGGUUUCAUCCCCCCAGCCCCACCAAAUCCUACUCACCUCCUGAUCCACAUAAUUAUUUCCGGCAGCGGAUGUUCCUGUGGGCUCCAAUGCGGAUGUGGGGCAUCCCUCUAAAAUGCACCCAGUGCAAUAGGAAGAUGCACCAUUCUGGCAUCUACACUAAAGUCAGGGAGGUAAUUGACAUUGAUUCUAAGUAUUACCUGGUGGGUGGAGACUAUCCAAGGUGCAGCAAAUGCAGGAUUCCCGUCUGCCCUUGGAGCAUGGACAUUUUAAAACAGCUCGAUCCCUCCCACCGUUACAAAUUCCCAGCUGUCCUCACAACCCAUUUGGCACUGGACAGGAGGUGUGUUGCGAUGUUGCGCCCAAGAACAUCAGGGAACAGCUCCAGCUAUUUACAGCAAGCCUUGCAGGAGAUACACAGUGAGGAGUGGGCUAGGCGGACCGUCGACUACCUCACUGAUUGUGAGGUCCACAAAAAGUCCUGUGUCCUCACCCAGUCUGAAGCUGUGUAUCAGCCGCCACCACCCUUCAGUCCCCUGCCCCUGGCCCAGUGGUUUGAGACGGUUCAUGCCAACGACAUUCUGAGUCACCUUGACGAGUUAAAAGGUGUCAUCACUUCAACGUUUGGUAGAAUCUUGAAACUGGACUCUACUAAGAAGAUCACAAAAAAACUUGCUGGUGGCAUUGAGGGCACAGCCACAUGGAUGACAAAUAUCGGCAAUGAAUUUGGGCAAGUGCUGAAUUCUGUGCUGACCACUGGUGAGGGGGCUGGCCUUGAUGACCUUUGUCAAGGCAUCGUCCAAAGGUACAGAGAUGCUGGUGAGCCAGAGCCAGAUGCCAUAUAUGUGGACAGAGACUGCUGCAGUGAGACAGGGGUGGGUCCAGUUCUCACUUGGUUUCGGCCAUGGACGUCAAUGGUGAGACUGGAUAUUUUCCAUUUUAUGAGGCGGUUCACCAAUGGCCUUACGACUGAGCACCAUCCACUGUAUGGCACGUUCUGCUCAAAGUUAUCCACUUGUAUCUUUGAGUGGGACAAAGAUGACAUUCACCGCCUGAAAGAGGCCAAGAGGGCCGAGCUAAAAAAAAAGCACCAGGGUCACAUACCCACUGACUCUCAGGUGUUAUCCAGCAUCACAUCCAGUGAGCUGGUCAAGCACUGCCGCAGGAGAACCCGAGGGGUUGAGGAGACUCGCGUUCUGAUCAAGCAACUGCUGGACUCCAUGUGGGACCUCACAGACACAAGUGGCUUACAUCUCAUAAAUCAUGACAGCAUGUCUCUUGUGUGGGAGGUACAGCAGAAGCACUUGUCCUGCAUCCAGGAUCCACCUGGUGUGCAGUUGUACACUAACACUGGAUCAGGCCUGGAGAAGGGAGACAAAACGCUUGACGUCCUAAGAUGUGGCAGAGGAUCCUCCUCUCUUGAGAGCUUUCAUCGGCACCAGUGUGGUUUCAUCCCAGGGUGGAGAUGUAAUGCUCUACAUACACAGAUGUACUUGCUUGAGGGGUUAUCCAGAUGGAACCACAAUAGGUCUCAGCAAGCUCUGGGUAUGAGUGGUACGUCACGCACAAAGCUGUACGAUGUACGUUUGAUGUCCAGUGUGAACGCCCUUAGCAACAGAGUCCUGGGAAGUGGACUUCUUCCAGAGUUUAUACCCCCGGGGAAACCUACCGGGGAGCGUAUUGCUGUUGAGUAUUUGCUGGCGCAGUCUAACAGGGGAGAUCUGCUGAGUGCACAGAAGGAAAUUGGUGCCAUUCCGCCAGAGAUUCUGGAUGAAGCUCAGGAGGAUGAAUGUCCUGAUGUGACAGUACCCCAGGCCACCGAUAUAUCUUUUCAGUCUUCAUCUCAGGAAUCUACACUUGAAAGUGGUGUGUCUAGCAGUCCUGCCAGCUCCCCAUUUGAGGACAGUGGGCCCAUCACUUCAACUCCGGAUAGUCGGUGUGAUCCUAGAGGAAUUCCCGGAUGGGAGGCAGUCGAUGCCUUGGCAGUGUAUCUUGUCAGCCUCAAUCGGACAAUAACAGCUCUCUCAAACUCUGAGAUAGCAGAGAUAUUGAGACUGUACUCCUGCCUGGAUCCCACUGACAAGUGCCCAACCAAAUACUCCUUGAAAACCAAAAAGAAGACCUUGUCAGGACCAUGGAGAGCUUCUCGGAAGCGCAGUGGCUCUGCUCCAGGCCAGCAGGCAGCUGAGAGAUUGUUCAUGGUUCAUGGCCAGGCUGCCCACAGACCUGAUAUGAACAGGAUUUCUGAGUGUGUUGCACUCAAACUCUACAAGGAGUUCCGGGAAGCCAGAAAUAGGCCAAAGGACAACAAAGGAAAGACAUUUGCAAUACCUCAGUCAAUUGUCAUGACUUACGGUCACAUCAAACAGUUAAUAGAGGACUGCAAAGACAUACUGGACAACACUAAUCUUUUACUAGUGACCAUAAACAACACCACAGUGUCCUCCUGGCUGCAGGAUCGGCAGAAGAGAACUGACCGCGAUACGUUACUGCAAGGGGUGCAGCUUCCUCAGCAGGUCCAUUUGGCAGAGGAACCCCUCCUGGAGGCCCAGGACCUACCACCCGAGCCUGUUCAACACGGUAACACAGUUAUGGAGUUCCAGGAACCAGAAAACCGUGAGGGUGAGGCAGUGAUUCGUCAACGUCGCUGUGCCAGAGCAGUGUUUCCCACUGUGCACACAGACACUGAAGCUGGUGCCAGCUCAACCAAUGCAGGUCAGGAGUGGCCUGGGGAUGCUGCUUCAUCGAACCUUGCCUACCGCCAGCAGGGUCAACACACAGCUCCGGCGUGUCACUCUCAGGGAUGGUCCCCUUACCUGCCGUCACCGUCCUCUGCUCCGGCGUCUCACUCUCAGGGCUGGUCCCCUUACCUGCCAUCAUCGUCACCAGCUCCAACACCUCAACCUCAGGGAUGGUCCCCUUACCUGCCGUCACCGUCCUCUGCUCCUGCAUCUCACUCUCAGGGCUGGUCCCCUUACCUGCCAUCAUCGUCACCAGCUCCAACACCUCAACCUCAGGGCUGGUCCCCUUACCUGCCAUCAUCGUCACCAGCUCCAACACCUCAACCUCAGGGAUGGUCCCCUUACCUGCUGUCACCGUCCUCUGCUCCGGCGUCUCACUCUCAGGGAUGGUCCCCUUACCUGCCGUCACCGUCCUCUACUGCAGCGUCUGACUCUCAGGGCUGGUCCCCUUACCUGCCGUCACCAUCCUCUGCUCCUGCAUCUCACUCUCAGGGCUGGUCCCCUUACCUGCCAUCAUCGUCACCAGCUCCAACACCUCAACCUCAGGGUGUGCUUCCUUACCAGCCAGCCCCAGGACCAGUAGCUUCUCUCAAUCGGUUCCGAGAAUGGAGAUUGCGAAAGGCAACCCUGGAGGAUAAGGAGCGUGAGAUGAGAGGUGAACCCCCCAAGAAGCGGCAAGCCAAGGAAAGCUACCACUAUGACUGUAAAAUAUGUGGUCAGUCGAAGAGCAAACUGACUGGCCAUACACAAUUACGGGGGAAAUGGUACUGUCCUGCAUCUGGACAGACCAUCACAGAGUGGAAGAGCUCAUUGUAAAAUACAUAUGUAUAUAGUUGUUGUAUAUAGUUGUUUUUAUAAUUGUGCUGCACUUUGAUGUUCCAUAACAAGCCCAUACAUUGUGUUAUUUCUAUUUAAAGGGUUUGUGUUAUAUAUACAGAGAAAAAGUUUUUAUUGGAGGUGUUUGUGUUCUUUAAAAAAAAUUUAAAAAAAAACACACACCUUUUGGUGUUUGUGUUAUAUAAAAAAAAUAAAAAAAUAAAAAACAACAAAAAACACAACUCUUGUGGUGUAAUAGUAACACAGCCAUCCUUUGGGUGGAAGAUUCCAGGUGCAAAUCCUGGCAAGAGUGUGCACCUUGUUGGCCCAAUCAGUAUUUAAUUAAAAAUUAAUUUAUAAGAUAAUUUAAUAAUAAAGAUAAUUAUUAUUAUCAUCACAACAAAGCAUUCUUAUUCUUACCAAUCCUUAAGCGAUAUUUGAUAGAUUCAUAGCACUUUCUAAGAGUUUGCGUUAAUUGAGACAUGUUCCAAUCGGGGAUCGAACCGGCGACCUUCUCAUUUUUCCUCUCUUUUUUUCUUCUCUUUCCCCCCUUUCCCCCCUCUCCUUCCUUUUCUCUCCCCCUCCGUAGCAGUCCCUUUUGCCCCAUCUUUGGCCGAGUGGUUAAGGCGAUGGACUGCUAAUCCAUUGUGCUCUGCACGCGUGGGUUCGAAUCCCAUCC